UAAACGCGGAAGCUUCAUAAGACUACAACACCUGACAAGUGAUUAUUUUCCCCCUUAAAAAUAAUCCCUCAGCUUUAUAACACCCAACAACAUGGUAAAUCUAGGUUUGACAAAAGUGGACGACGCGAUAGCAGCAAAACACCCGGGGUUACAAAGUUAUGCAGCUUGUCAGUCUAAAGCCUUUAUGAUGGGGACUGGGAGCUUUUUACUGGGUGUUGUAGGAUUUUUUGCUCUUCAGAGGGCUCUACAAAAGAAGUUCCCUUAUCCUCUCCAGUGGAAUCUGCUUGUUUCAAUAGUGGCGGCGUCGCUGGGCAGUUACGCAAUAACUCGCCAGGAAACACAGAAAUGUUCAGAUCUUUGGUUGAUGCUCGAAACCGGCGUAGUCCCACAGAGAUCCCCA